UCAAAUCUUCAGCCAAUAAGACCUUCCUCCUUCGCAUUCAAGCCCUUGCUGGCUUUGCCAGUCCGUUCGAUUGCCUCGUCUAUCCAGAUCCGCCCUUCGCAGCGUCCUCGUUUCCGGGUUUCGCGCUCUCUGGCCUCCGAGCUUGCGGCUGCUGCUGGCAAUCCCGACAGAACUUCGCCUACUUAGGCGAAACUAGAAACGUUGCGCGGAAAGUAGAGACGUGGCACGCGCAUUCGCCGCACGGCCCCGAUCUCGUUUGGGAUGUAUCAGCGAUCCUAACAGCAUCGCUUAGCUAUCUCAUACGAGCCGAACGACAGCAAAUUCCGUAGGUUCAUGGCUGGUCUUGGCGUUUUCCCUCGGCGACUUUCUGGCAGAAGGGCCAGCCAAUUCUUACGAAACACGUGGCAGACUUCGGCAUGGAGGCUAGAUGGUACACGUGGCCCUUUGGGGUCCGACAUCUUCAUCAGCAGCUACGACAACGGGCUCAUUUGUAACAAUGUUACAAGGCAAACCGGCAGACGCAACACCACCAGCACCCCUGUGGUUACCAGCAGUUUGAGUCUGGACUCACAGGUUUUAUCCAACAAAGCUGCUGACGUGGCCACGACAAUAUCUGACGUGGACAGUAGCAAGAAACAGCGCUACCAACCCUGGAGUUUGGCGAAUCCCGAGACGCUCUGCAAGCCUCGUCACUGGGCUGCUGCCGAACCUCUAGGUUCGGCACCUCGUGCCACAGCAGGCCCGGUUGCUGCUUCGGUUCAACUGUAUGGCUCGGUUCGGACGGGGACAGAUCCGGCUGGUGGUGGUGGUGGUGGUGGUGGUAUCAGAACGAGCGGAUUCGAUGGCGGGCAGUUGGUUGCCAGAUUCAGUACAGCAAAAGGUCGUCGCAGCAGCAAGGCGGCAGCGCAGCACAGCAGGGAGGAGGAGAGAGAAGGGGGGGCAGGGAGAGGAGGAGGGAAGGUGGCAGGGAGAAAGGUGGAGGGGGAGAGUGAGGAGGAACGAAUUACGAGGAAGCAGCAGCUGUUAGAGCAAGCAGUAGCGCAGCUCAGGGCCAAGUUUGGGCGGGAGGCAGUGAUGGUUUUGGGCGGCACUGAUGCUGACCUUGCCGCCCGCCGAGUCCCAGUCAUUCCCUCAGGCUCUAUAGCUCUCGAUGCUGCUCUGGGGAUUGGGGGGUUCCCUCGGGGCCGAGUGGUGGAGAUUUAUGGGCCUGAGGCAACGGGCAAGACAACCCUGGCACUGCACGUGGUGGCAGAGGCGCAGAAGAGGGGAGGCGCGGCCUACUUUGUUGACGCAGAGCACUCAUUGGACGUCGAUCUGGCCAAGGCUCUAGGGGUGGAUAUGACUCGCAUGCACCUCUCUCAGCCUGACAGCGGGGAGACGGGCCUCGCUCUCGUGGACCAGAACGUCAGGAGCGGGGCUUAUGAUGUCAUUGUGGUAGACAGUGUCGCAGCGCUGGUGCCCCAGGCGGAGCUGGAGGGCGAGAUGGGCGACUCGUUCAUCGCCCUGCAGGCCAGGAUGAUGUCUCAGGCGCUGAGGAAGCUGUCAGGGGCGCUCAACCGCGCACAAGCCGUGCUGAUCUUCGUCAACCAGGUCCGGUCGAAGCUUGCGAUGGGGGGCCCGGGCAUGGGGAUGCCAGUGGAGGUGACGUCUGGGGGCAAUGCUCUUAAAUUCUACGCCUCGUUGCGGCUGCACAUCAAGAGAGUGGGGCAGCUGAAGCAGGGAGAGAAGGUUGUUGGUAACCGUGUGCGUGUUACAGUCAACAAGAACAAGCUGGCCCCUCCCUUUCGCACGGCAGAGUUCGACCUCGAGUUUGGCCACGGCAUAUCUAAGCAGGGCGAGCUGCUAGACCUGGGAGUAAGAGAGGGGCUACUUACCCUUUCUGGUGCUUGGUAUAAAAAGGGCGGCGAAGUGAUUGGGCAGGGGAAGGAAGGUGCAAGGAAGUUUCUGAAGGAGAAUGUGGAAGUGGCGAGGGAGUUGGAGGAGGGGAUCAGGGAGAGGAUGGGUGGGGGGAGGAGGGAGGAAGGGGAGGGUAAGAAGGGUGGGGUGGUUGGGGAGAACGAUGAGGGAAUUGGAGAGGAGGAAAGUGAGGAGGGAGAAGAGGUUGGCUCGGAAGGCGAAGGAAGCGAUGUUGCCCUUGGGGUGGCAGGGGGGGGUGGUAGGUAGAAAUAUGCCUUAGAGGCGUCUCAAAGGCACACUCCUUGCACACAGUUUUUGUAUGUGUGAAUUGUGUCUGGAAAUCAGUUCUUGCACCAACGAUGGCAGGCGGCCAUGGUAGGUAGGCACAUUUGGUGAUGGUGCACAUGUGGAUCGCUUUUAGACACGUGCCCAUCUCCAAAAUGUGAGUUCGCAAUGGUCUGGAUAAGCAACCCUAGAGCAUGCCUUGUUCAAACAUGCUUCAAAGAAAAGAAAUGUAUUCUCAACCA